CGUCCCAACUCCUCUGGCGGCCGGCUACGCAAGGCUCCGCGUCGCGACAGCAGUCGGCAGCCGCCGGUGUGUCAGUCAGGUUCCAGCGUUGGUGCGCGCCCGAUCACAGCAGUGCGGCUCCCGUCUGUCGGCAGACGACGCGGCGCGGAGGACGGGCGGCGAGCAUUCCUGCGCGGCUGAGCGUUGACAUCGUCGAGGCUGUUGUCUGCAAGUGACGGAGUUGUUGGUCUUCCAAAUGCAGUUGCCGAAAGAUUUCUGUUUCAACUCGGUGCGCGGUCCGUGCGCGGUGUGUGGAGUGGAGGGCUCGCGAUGUACCGGCUGCCUGCUCGACUACUACUGCGGCAAACAGCACCAGACACAGGACUGGCCGCGACACCGGGCGGGAUGCAAGGUGCUGGAGCUGCGUACAGAUGAGCGCCUGGGGCGGCACCUGGUGGCCACCAGGAACAUUCCCGCUGCGACUGUGAUCCUGAGAGAGCGCCCUAUGCUCUCAAUCCCUUCACCGUGGACUGCGGAGGAAAGUCUUAACGAGAAGCUCCAGGCUUUUAACAAGGUUUACUGUGUGGGUUGCCUGGCUUCUGACCAAAGCUUAACCUACGAAAGGAAGUGCAGUUCGUGUGGGUGGCCCGUUUGUCGCAGCGAAUGUAGCAAGUCUGAUGCACAUAGGCCGGAGUGUGAGGCCUUUCAACGUGCGGGCUUUAAACUAACUGCUGAUACAAGAAAGAAAGCGGGAUCUUACUUGUGGAUGGCCCUGGCCGCUCUAAGAACCCACCUAGCUAUGAAGAAACAUCCAAAACUUGCGGAUCUACAGGCCACAUACAAGCAGCCCCUCCUGCCAGCGAAAGGGAUUCAGGCUCCGGCACUGGGUGUGAACGACAACAACAACUGGCGUGCUGAGCAGGCCGUGACCCACAAGAUGUCCGAGACCUGGCCCGCUGCCGCACGGUGGUUGCGCGAGACGGCGGGCCUGAGUUGGCUGACCGAGGACGAGCUAGUGCGGGCCGCUGGCGUCAACGAGAUCAACGGCAUCAACUUGAACCCCAUGAACUGUGUCAUGCUCAACGGUAAGACCGCCACUCACCUUUUUCCUGCUGUGUCUAUGGUUGAGCACAACUGUGAGCCCACUGGGAUGCUGCUGGCGUGGGAUCCGACCAGCCAGUCCAUGGAGCACAUCGUGGUGACGUCAAGGGGAGUAUCGAAGGGCGAGCACAUCAGCCUGGACUACUUGGACACGCCCUUCCAGGAUGGAGUGACAAGGCGUUCCCUGCUGUGUCGAGGCUGGAACAUCGAUUGCCAGUGCCGCAUGUGUGCCGAUCCCACUUCUGCUGGUCUGUUCCUCGGCUCACCAUGUUGCCCCGUUUGUCGAGAUCAUGGCCAACAGCAGCCUAUGGUGGCGGAAGCAUCGCCCAGGUAUGUGCAGGACAACAAGUACCGUUGCGUUAACUGUGGACAAUCCCAUCUAGUCCCACCUACGCUUGCCUUGGAGACAACACUAUUGUGUGUAAAGUCGAUGAUGAAGGGAUUCGACGAGUAUGAUCCUAUGCUGAAGCUGGCAAUCUUCCCGAAAGGACCGUUGCACAGCAAUCAUCGUCUCGUUCUUAACUCUGAGUUUGGUGGCUGCAUACAUCUACGAAUUCAGAUGCAAGUUUUCAUGAAGAUCUUUUCCGAAGAUGAAAUUGAUAUUUACCUGCAUAAAAUACAGCGGCUUUUAGACGCACUUGACAGUGUUAAGCCAGGUUUGAAUCAGCACCGUUGGGCCCUGCUUCAAGUUCAGAAUGAACUCGUCAUUCACAGCCUUGGUAAUGGUGUUCGCAGCACGCAGAUUACUCCACAAAUGUUGAGGAAACGUUUGCUUCAGCUAAAAGAAAAUGUUAAUGAAUUGACAUUAUAUUAUUUUGGGGAGAAAGAGAAGAAAUAUUUUGAAUCUUCUUACCAAGAGCCAGCCCAGUCAUAUUUAAGUUUUCUUAAUAGCUUGUAAAUUUCUGUACAAAGCAAUAUUUGUCUUAUAAUGUAAAGAGUCUUUUUUAAAGAGGUACCUGCAAAAGGGUUAAUGUUAUAAAAACUAAUGUAAGGUUUUGUUUAGCUCUUAAAAGAAUUGUAAUUGUUCAUUGGUGUUUAAUAAAACAAAUCAUCAAAAUA